AUCAUUUUAAAGCUGCGCUGAUCACGCUCUUAGCAUGCGUCAGAUACCUCCAGCGCAGAGCGCAACAGUCCAAGCGAGCUACUGCUCCAUCAAUUAUUUUGCUACUUUAAAUACACUGAUGCGGUAUUACAGAAACUAUCCAUAGCUCGCAACUCCAGCUGCGGUCUUCCCAACUAGUCGCACUUGCUUCACUCAUAGUAGUCGCUUCGAAAGCGCUGAUGCUAGGGUAAACUUUUAUUAAAUUCCAGCAUUGGGACUCAAACCUCACGAGCUUAUGGACGCGCGUCACUGACAAGACCCACAAUGCACUGGCGCGAGGACAGCGGCUCCGGUGCCAGCACUGGCACAUCAUGCGUCGCCUCUGGGUGCAGUUUCCAACUGCGGUGCACUGGCGGCAGGACGCGGUCGGACGUGGCCUCCUGUCCGACCCCGCCUGCCACACCCGCGUGCCGCACCGAGGUUGCUGGCGGGCGGCCUUGCUCCACCGGCCCCAGCAACGAUGCCGCGUGCUCCUCAUCUCAGCAGGGCUCAUGGGAUGAAGAUGGCCAUGUAGCUGAAGUCUGGUGGCGCGGGCUCCAAGCCACUUCCGGCUGUGUCCACCAGACACACGCCCAUACUUCCCACUACCUGCGGACUGACACGCCUUACGCGCACGAGAUGCGUAACACCGAUGAGGAGAGCAGCAGUGCAAGCAACAUUAAUCGGAGCCACACGGUGGGUGGCAUCAGUAACAGCUCCCAUGGCUGCAGCGGCAAAGCUACGAGCCACCAGCUGAGCGGCGCCAGCUGUGACGGCAGGGCCGGUAGCUGUCAUUGGCGGGUGUCAACAAGCGGGAGGGAUGCUCAGGCGCAAGCUGCCACAAGACAAGACCACAGCUCCUGCGCCCACUUGGGCUCGCUACCCUUUGAGCGGCACCACCUGUACGGGAGGCCGCGGCUUGCACCGCUGCUGGUGCUGCUGAUGUUGAUGGGCAGCGGCCCCGGAGCAGCAAGUGCCCGGGCGACCCGCAGCAAGAGCAGCGAAGGGAGCCGCGGGAGCCGCGGUAGCGGCAAAGAAGACGGCAGCAAUCAGGCUGAUAGUUCCGGCUGCCAACCGCCGGAGCCGCUGCCGGGGAGCGCAUUCAAGCAUUGGGGUUGCCAGCGCUACAACAUGAUGUGCAUUGACCAGCAGCAGUUCGUGACGUAUGAUCCUGAGUUCAACCCGCUCAUCAGCACUCAGAAGCCGCCAGGGUUUGAUGUCAAAGACGUGGUUUACAACUGGCCCAACCCAUAUGGCAACGGCGACAAGUUUGAGCGCGGCAAGGACAUCCACGUCCCUGGCGUGGUCAUCCGCGUCAACACCUCCGAGGAAGCCAGCCCCGACCUGCAGCACCCGGUAUUCAGCGCCUGCACGCGGCCCAUCGUGCUGUGGCAGCGUUGGCUGUACAAUGUGGGCGAAGUGUUUGAGAGUAGCUUUGUGCGCAUGUGGAUGGAGUUUCGCGGCAAGGACUUGAAUGGCGCGGUGGUGCAGGCGCCCGACCCGCGCCACAGCCUGGUUCUGGCCACGCCGCACGGCCUGCGGGUGCCGCGGUACGCCAAGAUGUUCUUCAACUCGCUGUUCACGCAGUACGAGGUGACGUCGUUGUCGGAGCUGUCGGCGCGCCGUCACGACAUGAAGGAGCCCAGCAACUCCACAGCUGAGGGCUACCACGUCAGGUGCUUCGAGGAGGUGCUUCUGUGCAAGAUCCGGAACCGGCAGGACAGCGGGCUUAACUCGGCCGGCGCGCACCUGCUGCGGCACUACCGCGACCGGCUGCCGGCCGUGAGCGACCUGUUUGACGUGGAGGGCGGCGACGCCGACACGCUCAAGGUGGUGAUUGCCUCCCGCCCCAACGCCACCGGCCGCGCCAUCCUCAACGAGCAGGAGCUGCUGGACGCAUGCAGCCAGAUGGACCCGCAGCAGCAGCUGGAGGACGCUGGCGAGCCAGGCUGGGCCAAGGGCGCGGAGAGCUACCGGGGCGAGCGGCGGGCCUUUAAGCGUGUCAAGUGUGUGGCACACGUGUUCGGUCGGGACAUUAUGUACGACCUAGCCUUGGCUCAGGCCAUUGACGUGCUGGUGGCCACACACGGCGCCGCGGGCUACCACUCCUUCUUCAUGAGCCGCGGGGCCAGCUUCGUGGAGGUGAUGCCCUUCCACUUCACGCCGCAGUGGGCAAACAUAUACUAUGCGCGCAUGCUGGAGAAUGACAAGAAGGUGCUGUAUUGGCAGGUGUGGAUCCAGGACUCCGCACACGCGCACGCCUCCGCCUUUGAAAAGUCCGAGGUGUUCCGAGAUGAGUACGUGCACCGCGAGCACCACGUCACACUGCCCUGGUCCGUGCUCCAGCAACACCUGGUGUCCAUCCUGCAGGUGGGUGCCGACGCGCUGCGAUACAAAGCAGCUUACAAGGCGGGCGUGCACUGCAUCAACGACUCGGGGCAGCAGGUUGAGUUCCGGCCUAAUGUCGCGGACGGCGGCUGGACGGCAGUCACCAGGGAGGAGCUGCAGGCGCUGGAGGAGCAGGAGCGGGCGGAGGCGGAGGUGGACAGUGCGCGGAGAGCGGCAAUGCGGGGGGCCAAUGGAGAGGGGGAAACGGGAGAGGGCGAGCGGAGAACGGCACGGAGAAGGAGGAGGAUGCUGUAGAAGGGCGUGCGAGGGCGUGACCAGCAAGCAGGCAGGAGCAGGUAGCUGACAACAUUACUGGGUGGCGACGAAGACGCAAGGGAUGUCAGUAACGAAUUAUGUUAGUCGGCAGGGACGACGGGGAGCUGAAAGGCGAGACUAGAAUUUUGGCGGGAAGCCCCAUUCGCAGGGGGUUCAGCCUUGGCCCAGUUCAACCCCGCGGGCUGUAAUCUUCACUCAUC